UGGAAAAUAUUGGUGAUACGUGUAUGCUUGGACUGGAUGAUCUUGAAGGUCUUUUCCAACCUUGGUGAUUCUAUGAUUCUAAUAUACUCAGCUACACAGAGAUGUGGAUGUCUCAUCCCUGGAGACAUUCAAGGUCAGGCUGGACCAGGCUCUGAGCAACCUGAUCAAGCUGUAGAUGCCCCUGGUUCGUUGCAGAGGAGUUGGAUUAGAUUACUUUUAAAAGUUCCCUCCAACUCAAACGAUUUUAUGAUUCCAGACACAUGGGACCUCACUGACUCUCUCUUCUGACGUAGACGAAGAGAUCCACAGCUCCUCAGAAGGUAACAGCAGAAGAUGAGAGAAACACAGGACAUUCUGACUUGAAUUUCAAAUUUUCUAAACCAAUUGAGUGAUAAAAUUAUCAUCUUUCCCGGGAAUGCAAUUCAACACCCAAAGAGGGAUUAAGCAUGUUGAGAGAUGCCCAUCCUUGCAGACAGAAGUUUCACUUGAUAAGACUUUCAGAAAACUCUGACAAAACUACCCUCAGCACUGGAAUGCACUGAGAACUCUCAGGAAAGAGUUCUUACACAAUAAAACAUUGUGCAAAAAUUUCAAAACAUGAAAAGAUGCUAUGACUCAUUAAAAACACAGAAAAAGAGAAAUGGAGAAGUUCUAAUGCUACAAGACAAUCACAAAGCAAACACUCAUUUCACAUUGCAAGAAAAAAAACUGAGAACAUGAAAUUGUUCACAACAAAACUCUGCUUUUUUUUUUUUUUCUCAACACAGCACGUAAGACAAUUGUCAUGAAAUUUGCAUGGCACUACAUCAUUCAAGAUACAGGAGCUCAGAAGAUUUCCUUUCUGAAAUCUUCGGUGUUCAAAGAGAGGAAAGGGAAGAACAAGCAUCAAGAGAUCUCCAUCAGUCAAAAUGUUAAAAACUGAAGACAAAAGCCAACCCAAUGAAGGCUGUGUAGGAGAGCUCUGAGACUGAUUAGAAAUGCAUCAAAUCCAAACCUUCCAAUAUGUUGUAAGAAAUGAUGCACUAAUAUAGAAACAUGACAGAAAUUGAAUACGCCACAAAACCUACAAACAAUGUUGUUACAUCACAUCAAAAAAGACAUUUGAGCAGGACUGGAAACUUUGGUGGAAGAAGAAAACCACCAAAACAUUCUGAGGAAGGAAAAAACUAGAACACACAUCCACAGCACAGAUACAUCAAACGCCAAUAAGACAGUACCAACCCCACCAACACGCUUCCCCGCAGACCACAAAAACCAACAAUCAAAAACAAAAACCACAGACGGAAACUCUCGGCAAGAGGAAAGCGAGGAAGGGAAAGAUGCCACACCACAUAAAGACGGCACCACGGCAGCACCCAGACCACUGCCACCGCCCGCACCACCACCAAGACCCACCACGCUCCUGCCCAGCACUGCUCAAGUCCCACCAUGGCUGUGCCUGCAAGCCCGCAGCACCCACGGCGGUACAGCAUCCUGCUGAUCACGCUCCUUCUGACAGCUCUCGCCACCACCGCCUCCGCCUGCAACCACCUGCGCCCCCAGGAUGCCACUUUCGCUCGCGACAGCCUUCAGCUCCUCCACCACAUGGCUCCCAGCCCAGCCCAGCCGUGCCCGCAACACAACGCCUCUUGCUCCUUCAACGACACCCUCCUGGACACCAACAACACCCGGCAAGCCGCCAAAACCACCCACAACAUCCUUCAGCACCUCUUCAGAAUCCUCAGCAGCCCCACCACGCCAGCACACUGGAUCGACAGUCAACGCCAAAGCCUCCUCAACCACAUCCAGCGCUACACCCAGCACCUCGAGCAGUGCCUGCAGGACGGCAACACGCGCUCCCGCACACGGCAGCCCCGCAACCUUCACCUCAGCGUCGACAAAUACUUCAGCUGCCUCCACGCCUUCCUCCGCCACAACAAUUACAGCGCCUGCGCCUGGGACCACGUCCGCCUACGAGCUCGUGACUGGCUCCUGCACAUCCACGACCUCACAGGCAGCAUGCGCGCUUAGCCCCAAGCACACCUCCCACCCUCCUCCUAUUUACUUAUUUAUUCAACUAUUUAUUCAAUUAUUUAUACAAUUAUUUAUCUAUUUAUUUAACUUUUUUUGGACUAAAAUAAAGUUCAGCUUUUGUAAAAAUAAAUAAAGCAAUCCUUUGACCAUCUCCUUUCACUCAGUCAGAAAAGUAACUUUUAGGGACAACCUACACAGGGCCACUCUACGAAUAAUCAACAGCCAAAAGUGAAAACCACGGACAGAUACUAGCCACACCACUCACUCCUACCUAUUCCCCACACCUUUACCACAACAUACGUAGUCUGACACAGCCAUACACCAACAGCAGCUCCACUAACAGGACCGCCUCCAUUCUCCCCUUUACUCACCACACAGAGACACUGCUAAGAACUGCCAACAACCCCUUGGCCAUGGUUAGUCACCACCUUCUUAUUUAACUGAAUCUAUUUAUUUGCAUCAUGUUUUUCAUCUGUUUAGUAUUUAUAUGACGGAAAUAAAAACUUUUUGUAAGACAUUUGCCAACAGUUGUGCUUUCAGAAUCAAUAAAGCAUCGCUGGAGGGAAUAAACCUCCAUAUAUUAUGUACUCAUUCCCACCUCCACAAAGGCCUCAGGAGAUCCCCAGAGUCUCAUCUGCACACAGGCACCUCCAAGGAUGGAUGUUCUUCCAUACAUUUAAGCCCAAUCUUCAUUUCCUGUCUGUCAUGAACUUGCUAAGAACGAGCUGAGGCUCUGGGUAGAACUGCCGAAGAUCCUGCACAUCCACUGAAUACUCCUCUCUAACUUAUUUUGUUAACUGUUUUGCAUAUGAAUUACAACAUUUUACUUAAAAUGUUUGGACAUUCAUUUUAUUCAAGUUUAAUAGGUACUGCAGUGAAAUGCUCAGACAGGUGUGCAUUCAGAGCCCCUCAUAUGUCCCCAGCACAAGUCUUAUCCUCUGCCCCAAGUCAACACUUGCAGCCAUGGGCAGCUACUUUGUACUAGUGCCAAUGCUGCCCUGACACAAUAGCAGCCUCACAGACAUGCUUCCACAGCUGUGACAGCAUAUGUAGCUCCAUCCCUUAUCAACCAAAGGUGAUGGCAAUCCCAUACAGACAAGAACAAUCUCUUCCUGAACAUACAAACUUGAGAACUGUCCAGCCUGAAGAUUCAUAAAAUCAUUUAGGAGCUACAGUGUCCUAUCCAGCAACCACUCUUCUUCCCUGAUGCUCUAUUUGUCUAGCUCCUUUUCCACUUUUCAAGAACUAAAGUUUGUAGUACCAGAUCCCAUCCUCAUCUCCUUUAACAGCAUCUUCUGCCUUUACACCAUCUUUGUGACACAAACAUCCAUUGAAAGCUGAGGAUGAAGCAGGACACAAGCAUGCUCCCCACUACCAACAACAGCAGCUAGAAGCUAAGACAUGGGCUUGGAGCAGCGUACAUCUCUACUUUACAGUAGCCCUGGGUGCCCACGCUGACCACAACCCUGCAAAGCCCACAGCUCUUGCACCUCCUGUUCACCUGUACUGUGCCAACUACUGAGCCCAGGCCACAGUUAAUGUUUGCUCUCUUGUCUCACAUCUUUCACCAACAGUGUGCUCCCAAAGGAACCCUUCCCACAUUUCUGGGACUUUUUUUUCGCUGUCUUACGUGAACUCAUGUCACCACAAACAUGUCAUUACAGUUCUGUUUUGUGAAGAGUGUCUGUUCUAGAAUCAUAAACCUACUUCUAGCACUUUCUGCAGCACAGCUUUCAUUACUGAUAGCUUUUUUUUUUCAUUUAAUUUUCAUCCAAGCACGUUCCUGCUUGUGUCUGUUGCCCAUUUCUUUACCUCACAUUUAUCAAGUCAAAUAUUUUUUCCAUACUUUUUUUUUUUGUCUUGCACAGGGCUGUUCUUGCUUUAAUACUACAAUCCUUACUAUCCUAAUUCAUUACAGAAUUUCUCAGGUAAUAUCUCCCAUCCUAAUUUGCAUGACAUAGUUGCUGUAUUUUUCCAGCCAUCUUGUAACUUCUUUCCAGAACUGAUAUCAGGUUGCCGUGUCUUCAUUUAGCUAGGUCUCUCCUUUUAUCUCAACACAGAGUGAUCUGCUCUCUCUGCAACUUUUCCGAAUUUCAGAAAACUUUCAUUAGAAAAUGAAAACGGUUUUCAGAAACCUUCAUCACUGAUUUCCAAAUAAGUGAGUGCCAGUUACAUCAGAUCUCUAUUUAAAAUCUUCUGCUGAACAACUUGCCAGCAACAGAACAGUCAGUUUUCCACUAUAGUUGUGAGGCUUCUUCUGAAGAUAAGUAUUAGUAUUUUUUCCAUGGUUUUUCCUUUCCUCAUUACAGGAAAUAUUCCAACCUUUUAUCAUAACCUGUUACUUCUAUUUUUGGUCUCACUUGUCAUUUCUUCCGGCAAUACAUUUUUCUUCCAAAGUAUCAUUAAUUAUCAGUUAUUAUCCACAUUUUUUUUUCUUCCUUCUCAAUUCAGCUGUCAGACUGGGUUUUCUGAAAUCAUCUUUUUUUGUCAACUGCCUUCUGUUUGCACAGAAUAUUUUCAAACCUUAACCACAGCACUACUCUGUGUGUCUACUCUUCAUUUGAUUUUCAAUAUUUUUCUGGGACACCCUUGUACUCCAUUUGGCUAACCCUCAGAUUCCACAUGGAAGACCUGGUACUUACUUGAAAGUAGCCAAAACAUUCACCCAGUAAUACCUCUCUUCAGAUCACUGCUCAUUGCUCCACUUUCGCUUUUAUGCAUAUAGUGCAUUGCUUUAUCCUUUUACUUUUCUGAGUUACAUACUAUGAUCUUCAUCUCAAGUUUUCAGGAUGAGGGGUAACAACUCUUCACGUUUUUACAUUCUAGGCUGAGGAUCCUUAGGAGUCUGUCUGGAAUCUGAGUUUCUCUCAUAUGUUCUGUAUAUUCUGGAUUCAGGUGAAAAAAAGCUUUUACAUACUUUCCCUCUUGCUGCUCAUCUGCUGAUGUGUUUGUUAUCAUAAUGCAAAUUGCAAAGAUAUCAAACUUUAAUAAUCUCCACAAUCUGCCACAUGCACCCAAUAGAUGUCAGUGUGCAUACUAUGCCUCUCUAGAUGUCAGUCUGGGUACUAUGCCACCCCUUGCUAAGAGAUGUUCAUACUCAGAUUUCAACUAGAAUUGACAAGAUUUCAUUCUGUUGCUUCAAUACAGAUAAAAGAAUUACAAUCAAAGCACAGAACACACUUCUAUAUACAGUUUGCAGAUGGACAAAUGGAACAAUCAAUGUCAGUUUACAACACCUAGUAAAAUCAUUUCUGGAUAUUCAAAAAACAGAACAAGAAACACAUGGAUAAGCUCUUAGUCACCAUUAUAUGAAGCAAUUUGUACAGUAAUUCAUGUUGUACAGAUGACCAACACCGAAAAUAACUGUUUUUUAAUGAAACAAACCAAGCUAUUU